AGCAAACUCGUUUCAUACACCACAUCAGCAUCUCUUGCCAGCACCUAGUUUCAGACAAACGUAGUUGAAACGUGUUAUACUUACUCUUUGCACUAUUACAGAAAGGCUUUGCAGAGGGUUCUUGUCAAUUCACACAGACACCUAAGUUGACGGACAAACUUUGCGUUGCGGAAUAAGCGCAACAAAGCAUUCUUAAACAUGCGGUAGCAAUAGCAGCAAGAAGCGCCCAGGGGCGCAGGAGGCAAAAUGGCAGAAGGAGUAUUUGCGACCUUGGAGAAGGAGUUCCGGCCACUUCUGGCGCCCAAGCUUCUUGCAGAUGCGAAGGCUGCUCAAGUUGUAUGGGCGCGUGUGAAAGGCUAUCCCGCCUGGCCAGCGCAGAUUCUCACCGAAGCUGCGGCAAUGCGCCGCAAGGAUCUGGGCCAGGAGCGUCACAGCAAGGGGAAUAGCGUCCCUGUCAUGUUCUUUGGCACUGUCGAGGUGGCCUGGGUGAAGGACGCAGAUAUUGUCGACUUUAAGGAGGGCUUGCACCAGGGCUUCUUCGACCGGAAGACUAAGCCAUUUAAGCUAGCGCUUGAGCAGGUGUGCGAGUACCUUGCUCUGGACCGGAAGCGAAAAGCUCCACCUAAGUGGUGGUGCAAGCCGCCCUCAAACGGCCUAGAGGACCAGUCUGAGGGACCACCGCUGAAGUCGGCUUCAGUGUCCGGCAGUGGUGCCGCGGCUAAGAGCAAGGGGCAGCAGCAGGAUGUCGCAAAGGGCUCUCGGCAGAGGGCCCCAACGCCUGACUCGGACUCGGACUCCUCGUCCAGUGACGAGGAAGAUGCGCCUGCAGCACAGACAGCAGCUGGAAAGAAGGGAACAGGGAAGCCGUCGGGAACUGGGAAGGAGUCGGCUGCUGCGCCUGCCGCCAAAGCGAAGGAGGUCCCUCCACCAGCUAUGAAGCCGCGGGACAGUUCUAACGGUCGCCAACGCGACAGCUCGAACGGCCGCCAACGUGAGAAUGGCUCUACUGCGGCAUCGACCAGUGCCUCGGCGCAGGCGCUGGCUAGGAAGCCGCCUCCAGCCCCUCCUGCAGCACCCAGCCGCCCUCCAGCCCCUUCCGCUGGACCAGCGAAGGAGGUCAAGGAGCCCUCCAAUGCUUCCCAGCAGGCUAAGCCCAAGGAGGCCACGGGUACAGCCGCAGCCACGGCCACUAAGGACGCUGACGCCGGGCUACCGCCACGCAAGCGCAUGAAGGUUGAGACACCGCCAGCAACGGUGCGGACGGGGCCUAGUCCUGCUGGUGCUAGCAGCGCGCCACAGCUGCCACCGCCAGCAGCCAAAGCCGCUGCAGCUGAGAGGACUGGCGCCGCUGUCGCCGCCAGUGCUGCUGCUGACGACAUGGAUGUCUUCAAGCUACCCGCUGAGAUCAGGCGGCUAGCAGGCAUUCGGCUGCCCGCUGUGCCUAAGAAGCCUGGCUUAAAGGUGGACGAGUCGCCGCGACAAAACCCAGUUGUUAAGGCUGAGCCUGCGGCGGCGUCCAGUGCUGCAGCUGCGGCGGCCGGUACCUCCGCUGCUCCUGACGUCGAGAAGCGGGUUAAGGCUGAGACGGGGGGCCGCGCCGGGCGCAUUACCCGCGCUACCGCGCGUGGGGCGGGGCAGUCAGGUGGACACAGGGGCAGCGGCGCUGGGCAGAGCAAGCGCAAGCAGCGCAGCCGCAGUAGGGGCAGUGACGCCGGAUCGUCGUCGAGCUCUGCUUCUGAUUCCGAUGAUGACGAGGAGGUGGAGGAGGAGGAGGAGGAGGAGGAGGCGCAAAGCAGCGGUGAGGAGGCGGACUCAGAGGCGGCGGACAGCAGCAGCGAGGGCAGUGAUGACUCGGAGGAGAGCAGUGAGGAUGAGACGAUCGAUGUUGCGGAGCGAGGGAGAGGCGGCAAGGCAUCUGGGUCGGCUCAGGCACGCACAAGGUCGGCGCGGCCACAGCAGCAGGCGCAGCCCGUGCGUGACCGGCGAGGGGAGAAGCAGCGGCGCUUGGCGCGUCUGUCGGCACCGGAACCAGCUGACCGGCGGACAAGCUCCCGGCUUGUGACGAAGGCUGUGGAGAAGGUGACGUCCGCAGCUAAGAAGGAGGAGGCGACGAGCGACGACAGCGAGGAUGGCAGUGAUGAGCCGGCUAGCAUGGAGGUGGAGGAGACGGAGGCGACUGAGAGCUCGGCAAGCAGCAGCGGCAGUGACAACGAGGCGGCAGCUGAGACCAAGAAGUCGAGUGGCGGUGACGCUGCAGGCCGCAGGUCGCGGUCUACCACCAGGAGCCCCGGAGCUCCGAAACCAAGACACGAGCGGCAGGCAGCGCGGCCUACCACGCGCAGGCCGCCCGCAGGGCCCCCUUCGCAGGUGCCAAGCCGGCAAACGAGUCAGCAUGCGGACCAGGCAUGCAAGACCCAGAUCACUGGCGCCGACGCGGAGGGCACGGCAGCGGACGUGGCGGAGGACGCUAAGAAGCCGCAGCCGAGUGGUCGUGCGGAGGGUAGCGCCAUCGCUUCUGUGGCGGCAUCGGGUGCCACAGUGACGGCUACUGUCGCCAAAGCUGUGCCCCUGGAGCUAAGGCGCCUGCAGAACAGCCCUUCGGAGGGGCCGCCAGUGGUGGAUACCACCGAGCCCCGCAUUUUGCGGGGCUCCUCGCCUGCACGGAGGCUCGCUAGCUCGGCUGGCGUCACUCCCACGCAGACGCAGACCGGCGUCACGGCAACGGCCAGCGCCAAACGCGCGGACAAGCGCGCCUCUGAUGACGGCAGCGGCGUGAGCACAUCGCCCAUGGUAGAACAUGCGGAUGCUGCGGACCAGACAAGGUCUUCCAAUCAUGGGCGCGAUGCGCAGAAGGCCAGUACGGCGUCGGAGUCCAAGCCUGAGCUUAGGUGUGGGCGGUCACAAGCGCAGGAAGGGCAUGGGAACAAGGCUCCUCCAGCGAGUAGCAGCGCUGGAGGCGGCGGCGGCUCAGCCUCCCCGCCACCGGGGCCGCUAGCCGGUGGCGUGCCCGUACGGAAGAAGCCGCCGUCUCUGGGAGUCCCCAGUGGCGGUAGGCAGCUGCCUGCCAUCUUGCCUGCACGCCCUGUCCUGCGCAGCCUGACGUCCAAGCAUGACAUGCUUCCGCCGCCCGCUGCACCCGUUGCUGGGGGGCCCAGCACAUCCGCAGCGGGUGCUGUUGCGCCUCCGCCGGUGUGCGUGCCUCGGAAACCGUCCUCCGGGCCGCCGACGCGGCACCUCUUGGAGCGUAUUGCGGACGCGCCGGCGUCGUCAGCGGAUAUUCCUAACUCGGCAUCCGUUGACGGUGAGGCAGACGCCAAGCACGCUUCGUCCCCUGAUGUUGCUGCAGCCACUGUCGGCGACGGGCAGAUGCCGCGUUCACCGGAAGCAGCACCUGCGGAGGAGUCCCAACGGGCGAGCUUGGACGGGCCAGCAGCGGACGCGCAGGAUGAGAGACGCGGGGAGGCGCUCAUAGAGUUGCUCCCACCACCGCCCUCGGUGCAGCCGGGUUGCCAACAGGGCAAAGAGCAGGAGGCUACGCAAACUCGGCCUGACGCUGGGCCUGCGCCACAGCAGCAGGCUGCAUCUCAGCAUGAUCCCCAGCAGGAUACAGCAGAGGCAGAGAAGCAGGUGGAGUCCAGGGCGGAGGCCGCACAGCCCAUGGAUGUAGAUGGGCCCAUGGCUUUGGAGCCAGGGCCAGGGAUUAGUGCGGAUGACGCUGCUCAGCAAGGCGGGUCGGAGGUCCCACAGCAGGAACUACGCCCAACCGGUAUGGAUGUCGAGCAUGCGGCGUUGGUUUCAAUGCAGCCGGCCUGUGUGGGGAUACCGGAAGCCGCGCGAUCCCGGGGCUCCCCUGCAUGCUCCCAGCAGCAGCGGCAGCUGCCGCAGCAGGAACCAGCUGCAAUGGAGCAGGAGGUGCAGCAGCAGCAGCGGCCUUGCAGCCAGGUGGCCUCCCCGGUUCGCGAGGACGCGCUGCUUGCAGAGGAGCAGCUACCCGACCAUGUAGACGACAAGCCACCGCCAGGACAGGACUUCCACCACGUAAGCUGUAGCAUUGGCGGGCCGGCAGGUGCCCCACCGGCCCCCACCAUAGAGCCCCCAUGCGUCCGGCAAGCCUCAUGCGAGCUUGGAGGAAUGGUGUUGGACAACGCAGCCCUCCGGCGGACACUCGGCGAGUCGGCCAUCUCGGGCGCUGCUGCUGUGCAUCCGCGGCAACAUCAGCAGGGUGGCAGCGUGGAUAGCAGCGCGGCGGUUGGUGACGGCGGCGCGACGCGCGGUGGCGACGGCACUGGCGCAAGCUGCAGUACAGCUGUAGCUGUGUCGUACAACCGUGAUGAAGCGGCGCGCGCUCAGGCACGUGAACUAGAAGAGCUCGGGGAGGUGGCCGCUGCGCUCGCGGGGCUGCAGCGGGCAGAGGUACCGCGUCUGCCGCCUUUGCGGCAGGCGUCUUCGGCGGGCGCUCCAAUGUCGGUUGCUGCUGCGGCAGCGGGGGUGGUGGUUGAGUUGCCUGGGGAGCGGGCGCGCAGUCGCUCGGCCCGGGGGUCUGCGGGCUCUGGACGGGAGCGGGACCUUAGCGGCGGUAGCAGGGAGGCUGUGACGGGGCCGGUCGCUGCUCAGGCGGCGGCGGCAGUGCCACAGGCCUACCGGUGGCCACAGCCGGAGCCGCUGCUGCCCUCCCAGGACCAGCCCUUUGCGCUGCCUCGCGACUGGCUCAUAACGCGGCCGCCGCGCUACGAGCCUGUACGGCGGAACGUCUGGAUGUCACGCAACAAGCCGAAACGCCUUCCAAAGGACGAGAUCAGCAUUUGUGCGUGCCGGCCGCCACCGGUGGUUGCUCCUGGGGAGUUUCAGCGGCUAGGGUGUGGCCUGAACUGCCUCAACCGCCUGUCGUCCAUCCUCUGUGACCCCAAGCUCUGCCCCUGCGGCGAGCUGUGCAGCAACCGCUCGCUGCACCUGCUGCGGCAGCCCAAGACGGAGACGUUCCUCACGGAGAACCGCGGCUGGGGCGUGCGUGCCAUGGAGCCCGUGCCCAAGGGCGGCUUCAUCAUCGAGUACGCCGGCGAGAUCAUCGACGAGCGGGAGCUGGGGCGCCGCAUGGAGCACGCGCGCAUGAACGGAGAGCCGCACUUCUACAUCAUGGAGCUCUCUGCGGGUCUGUACAUCGACGCACGGCGGAGGGGCAACGCGGCGCGGCUCAUCAACAGCAGCUGCGACCCCAACUGUGAGACGCAAAAGUGGCAUGACGCCUCCACGGGGGAGGUGCGGGUGGGCAUCUUCGCCACCCGUGACAUCAUGCCGGGCGAGGAGCUGGUGUACGACUACUUCUUCUCCACGUACGGCUCGCUGAAGCCCUCCGCGGCCUCCUUCAUCUGCAUGUGCGGCGCCAAGAACUGCAGGGGCACCAUGGACCUUCACCCCGAGAAGCGCCGCGAUCUGGGUCGGCGGCUGGAGGUGUUCUGGGAUGCGGACGGGCAGUUUUACCGCGCGGUGGUGGUGGCCUACCACCCCACCAGCCGCAAGCACACCAUCAUGUAUGAGGAUGGCGGCACGGAGAAGCUGUGCCUGGAUGAGGUACCCCACAGGUGGUUGGAUGAGGACCGGUCACCCACCGCCAAACCCGCAAACCCACGCGGCGACAACGCAGCGGUCGCUGAGCCGACGGGGGCGGCAGCAGCCGCGGCUGCUGCAAUCGCUGCAGCGCACCAGCCGCAGUCCGAUUCGCAGCCACAAGCGCAGCCGAGCCUGCAGCGCGCAUCCUCCGAGCCCCCGCAGCAGCUGCUGCACCAGCAGCUGCAGCCCCCGACCACAGCAGCAUCAGCCGACCUUGCCACAUCAGGCACCGCAGCCGCCGACCGGGCAGGCCGCUACUCCAGCGGCAUGGCCCUUCCCGCCGUCGUAACCCAGCCACCGCCGCGUGCUGUCGUGACGGCGGAACAACGCUGCUCGCUGCCGCCUCUGAGCAUCGCAACAGCGGACGGAAGCGCCUCGGCGGGAGCACAAUCGGGCGCCAAGCAUGGCCUCUCGGACAGCGAGCUGCAUUUGCCGCUGAAGAAACGCCCGCGCAUGAUGGCGCAGCAGCAGCAGCCGUCCUCAGUCCAGGGUCGCCUGGGGUCCUCAGCAGGCGGCAGCGAGGUGCCAUCAGGCGCCCCGCAGCCCCAAGGCAGCGGCGGUAGCGGCACCGCGCUGGGGGCAACAGGACGCGGGUACCAGCCAAGUGGCACAGCGGAUAGCGCAGCUGGGGAUGUGGUCGGGCAUGGAACGGAGAACGGCGGCAGAAGCGGCGGGAGCAGUCGUCAUGAGGUGAGCGGCGCCGGCAGCGGCCGCAGCUCCGGCGCCGUCGUGGACGAUGACACGAAUGAGGACCUCACAUCGCUGCUUGAAGCCGCGGAGGCGGUGGCGGCGCUGCGUACGGCGCCCAUAGGGCCCGCCGCGUCAUUGCAUGACCCAGGGGUCAUGCCGCUGCAACCGCGGAACAUCCGGAAUGGCGCGUCCGGUGGCGGCAGCGGUGGGCCGUUGUCCAUGAUGCAGGCGACAAAAGUGGCCUCACCGCGGCAUCUGGCUUCCAUGCAGCGGACGGGACCGCCUAACGGCCUGCCGCCUCACAGCGGCGGGAGCUUUAGCCGCCCCAACGGUUUUGCUAACCACCAUGCAGGCAGCAGUAGCGCUGGGGUGCAGUCGUACCAUGCGGGUGGAAGGCAGCAGCAGCAUUAUUCGCAGCAGGAGGACGCGGGCUUUGGGGUCCUGUCGAGCCGCCAGCAUGCCGAGGUGGAUACCGGUGCGGGCAUGAGCCGUGGUGUCAAUGGCUUGGGCUCAGGCUCCGGCACGACGACGGCUAAUGGUGGGAUUAACCGUGAGGAUUUGCUGUGGCGGUUGGUUGGGAUCGAGAAGCCCAAGGACUUGCUUCCGCUGUUUGCCGGUGGGGGCGAGAAGCAGCGCAAUGGGGCGCCUGGUAGCAAGGGUGCUGAGCGUGGGGUUGGCAGUUGGAUCGCGCCAACGCAUCCGUACAGAAAGCUCCUGUGCGCGCUUGAGUCUUCGGAGCUUCUCCCGCAUGCUGACCAGUUGAGGCUUUACGCGCAGCAGCAAAGCCAACUGCAAGCCCAGCAGCAGCACCAACAACAACAUUACCAGCAAGCUCAGCAGCAGCAGCAGCCUCAAGUGCAGCAGCCCCAGCAGCAGCUGCUGCAGCUCCCUGCCCCGCAGCAGCAACAGCAGCAACAGUCCACGACGCUUCAACAUCACGCGCAGCCAGCUGCUGCUGCAGCAGCCACAUCGGCUUCUGCGGCUGAGGUCUUGGCGCUUUCCGCCUGGCAACACGCCGCCCAGCAGCACAUGCAGCAACACCACCACCAACAGCAGCAGCAGCUUAUGCCGCAGCAUGCACAGCACGCCGCCGCAAUUCACGGCGCCUCGUCGUACCUUAACAACCACGGCAUGGACGGCAGUGCUGCAAGCAUGGCGGCCCUGCUUCAGGCGCAGCAGCAGCACGCGGCUGCGGCGGCUGCAGCAGCGGCAGCAGCAGCCAUGGGGCACCACGCCUCGCAUGCACAUUCCAUGCCCAACCAUGCGAGCCAUGCGGCUGCAGCGGCAGCGGCUGUUGCAGCGGCGGCAGCCAGCCGGCAGGCGCAGGUUGUGCAACAGCAGCAGCAGCAACUUCCUAGUUCCUUAGCGGCAUCUGCGGUGCAAUGGCAGCAGGCUGCCGCGCCAGCUCAACAACAUGGGCAGAUUCUUCAGGAUCUGGUUCAGAUGUACAUAGCUCAACACUCCGCGCCUCAACAGGUGCUGGCUAUGGCCGGUAUUGCCGCGGCGGGCGGGCCCCAGCGAUGAGCAUGAGGGUGCCGGUGAGCCGCUCUCCGACUGGCUAGCAGGGCUUAGCAAAGGGCGUUGUCGUUUAGGCGGUUUGAUAGUAGGUUACGGGUCGACUAGACAGACUGCGGUCUUCCACUUUGCGGACGCUGCGUAAACGUUUGACUAAGAAGGCAUUGUGUGGUUGCUUCGUUAGCUAAUGUACAGGACUGCAAUGGCCGUAGGCACUGCAUGGCCUGUCAUGUGUUUUCUUCUAGGCUCAUGGCGCAGUCUGGAUGUGUUGCCGCACACUCAUGUUACGGGAAACGGUGGUGUGAAGAGGAUAUGCGCCACGGGCGCAAUGACACGGUGGGGCGGCGCAAGGCGGAUAUAUGCAAAACAGCUACGACGUUAGACCGUCACAUUUGUACCGGGCUUUGCUAUCGUGCAUGGCAAAGCUUAUUGUGUGCCUUUUGGCGGGUAGACCUGGGCGGACUGUACUAAUUAUUAAGUCGCUUUCUCACUUAGCGCCCGUCGCCUUCGCUGUCCGGUCGUUGCACUGUUGCUUUGCAGUUACACGCUAACCCUCUUGGAACGCGGGUGUUGCAUAGUGCGUCGGGGCCGCGGCAACAGCUGCAGGCCACGACAGCUGACGAGGGCAUGUGUGGUGCUAGGCCGAACGCGUGGCUGGCUCACUUUUUGUACACGACAAUACUUACAACGAGGCUCGUUUCCUAAGUACGGUGGCGGCCGUCUAGAGAUAUGAUACAUGCUGUCAUUUUAUCCUUGACUGUCGUGUGUGUCUAGUUGCGUGGGUUCGCCCGUUUUUGCGGCUGUGCGGCGGAAGGCCAGACAGCAGGAAGUGCAAUCUCUGGUCGGGAAUCCAGGACGGCUUGAGCUAUCGUGGGUACAGUUGUGAAUCUCUAUCGGGACGACCGUGCUUUGACCUUCACAAUCCAGGGUACCGGGUUUGUUGCCUUCCUGUGGUAGUCCUGGGCGUGCUGUGAUGCUACGGCAGACCCCUAUAGUGCCCCCCUACCAUGUUUCGGCAUGCGUAGCGGUGCUGUCAUGAAGACACGCAGGAAGGCCGGUUGUGAAGGGGUGGGGUGAAGGCAGCUGCAUGUUGUGGUGGGAAAGGUUUUGUACGUAUUCUGGGGGGUUAUGACAGUGCGCAUGCGGAUUACCCGCCAUGCUUGUCUGUUAGAACACUGACUUCUUGCGUGUCUGGGGAAACCCACAUGCGACUAGCCCUAGACUGAUGUUGCUGCAGGCCUCAUGGGCUUAUCCGUCAGCGGCUGCUUGCGCGGACAUAACAUGCGUUGCAGGCAGAACGCCCUGUCCGUGCUUCGGGUACCGGUAUGCAGUAAGGGUCCCGUGCAGGCGGCUGUAAGUUAAUUCCGGUACCGUAACAGCUGCGUCUUGGAACCGUGGGCUGUACACAUGCACUGCGGUAGCAAGGGUCACCUUUCAGCACGCAGAAGAGUGGUAGAGCUGCGGCAUCGUACUACGGUGUCGUACGACUGUUUACGACGUGGGUGGGCCUGAAUCUGGUAUAUGCAUUUUGUUGCCGUAUACAAAGCAUUGUUGGGUUUCCGUGGGCGUGGGUUUGUGCGGGAAGAUUGAGGGCU